AAUCUGGUAGCUUCAUCUUGAUACUCAUUUUCGUUUCACACUUUGGAUAGUGGAUAAACUACUUGCAAAAAUCAUUGUCUUGGGAAAGGAAAAUUUGAUCAACCAAUUGCACAAAUUAUCUUGGGUCGUUGGAUUUCUCUUUGAUACAUUGUGUGUUCAAGAUACAAUAUUUGGUUAGAAAACUUAGCCAUUGCAAUUCUUUCUGCCUUAUACAUGUAUCUGUUUUCUUGUUUCUCGAAUCCCAGUUGAGGUGUUUAUUUAAGUUUAAGCAGCAGCUUAGCAGUUGGAAGUUAGUGCAGCAGAAAAGAGGAAAUUUUAGAUCAAAUCUUCAUACAACUACAGCAGAAUAAACUUCAGUGGUUUUCCUGCUAAUGGAUUAUCUAUCGAACAGGAAACUUGCAGCAGGGAUUUUGUUUCAACUCUUAGCCCUUUUUGUUCGGUUGAAGACCUGCUUCUGUGAAGUUGCUCCUCCUGCUAAUUUUGUUUUUGGAGAUUCCUUGGUUGAUGUUGGCAACAACAACUACAUCGUGUCUCUCUCAAAAGCUAAUUUUGUACCAAAUGGCAUCGACUUUGGUAAGCCAACAGGAAGAUACACAAAUGGAAGAACAAUAGUUGAUAUUUUAGGAGAGGAAGUAGGAAUCAAAGGCUUUACUCCUCCAUUCUUGGCGCCGACAACAGCUGGUCCGGUGGUUCUGCAGGGUGUUAAUUAUGCUUCUGGUGGAGGGGGGAUUCUGAAUCACACUGGAAAGAUUUUUGUCGGUAGAAUCAACUUUGAUGCUCAACUAGACAACUUUGCCAAUACCAAUGAGUACAUAAUUUCAACAAUAGGUGCUCCCAUGACAAUGAAAUUGCUUCAAAAUGCACUCUUCUCAGUAACAAUGGGAUCAAAUGACUUCAUUAACAACUAUUUGGUGCCCGUUGUCUCAAAAGUUCAGCAAAAUUUGGUCUCUCCAGAAUCCUUCGUAGCAGAUUUGAUUACAAGAUAUAGAACUCAACUUACGAGGCUCUACAACAUGGGUGCUAGAAAGAUCGUUGUAGUUAAUGUAGGACCUAUUGGAUGCAUCCCAUAUCAGAGGGCAAUAAAUCCAUCUUCUGGAAAAGGCUGUGUUGCCUUCCCUAAUCAGCUAGCUCAGUUGUUCAAUAGCCAGUUGAGGGAUCUAGUAACAGAGCUUCGUUCUAAUCUGAAGGGAUCAAAAUUCAUUUAUGCAGAUGCCUAUCGCAUUGUAGAUGAUUUGAUCCAGAACUACAUCUCCUAUGGGUUCGGGAAUGCAGAUUCAGCUUGCUGCUACGUUGCUGGGAGAUUUGGGGGCCUAAUUCCAUGCGGUCCAACAUCUAAAAUUUGUGCAGACAGAUCGAAGUAUGUGUUCUGGGAUCCAUAUCAUCCAACAGAUGCUGCUAACAACUUUAUAGCUAAGCGUCUGCUUGACGGUGGCUCUGGGGACGUUUGGCCGAUGAACAUUAGACAAUUAAUUUCAUCAAAUUGACUACAUCUUCAGAAUGUUGAAUUGCAUUCGAAGGAUGAUGCAUUUUUUUUCCUUUUC